AUGAUGCAAGCUCGUGCCGCCGCAGCCAUCCUGGCUCUCCUGCCGCUCCUGGCGCACGCCGGUGAUGCCCGCAUCGCGAACCAGGAUCUCAUCUGGGAGAACAUCUCGGGCAAGCCGACCAUGCCCUCGAAUCCCAAGACGGUCAGCCCGUGCACCGUAUGGUACAACAACGACGGCACCGUUGACUGCGAAUCCGUCCUCUUUCAGACGUCGACCAACAGGGCCUCGUUCCUGAAAUGGAACCCGAGCAUUACCAGCAGCUGCGGCAACUUUAACAAAGGCCAGUCGUACUGCUUGGAUGGCAGCGCGGCCGCCACCUCGCCCACCAGCACGCCGCCUCCCAUCACCACCACGACGCCGACGCCGCCGUCCACGACUACAAGCACCGGUAACGGUGUGCAGACGCCGCAGCCAACGCAGCCGGACAUGGUCGGCAACUGCAACAGCUUCCACUACAUCUACAAGGGCAACACGUGCGGCCAAAUCACGUCCUACCACUCCAUCACCCAGGAGCAGUUUGCCCGAUGGAACCCCAAGAUCGGCAUGGACUGUACCGGCCUCGUAGAGGACGCCUAUGCGUGUGUGGGAGUCAUUCAGGACUCGACUCCCACUCCCACCCCGACCAGCACCACCCCAUCCAACGGCGUGCAGACGCCGCAGCCGACGCAGCCGGACAUGGUCAAGAACUGCAACAAGUUUCACUACAUCUACAAGGGCAAUACGUGCGGCCAAAUCACCUCCUACGAACACAUUAGCCAGGAGCAAUUCGCCCGUUGGAAUCCCAGGAUUGGCGCCGACUGCUCGGGUAUGUGGGCUGAUGCCUAUGCCUGCGUUGGGGUCGUGGGCCAAGACCCGACGCCAACCUCAACGGUCCCUUCCAACGGUAUCCAGACGCCGCAGCCCACGCAGGGAAACAUGGUCAAGAAUUGUAACAAGUUUCACUUCAUUUACGAGGGCAACACUUGUGACCAAAUCACCUCGUACAACCACAUUUCGCAGCACGACUUUGCGACGUGGAACCCGCUGAUUGGAGAGCAGUGCACCGGACUGUGGGCAAACGCCUACGCAUGUGUUGGCGUUUACUAG